UCCAUUUUUACUUAAUUAAUAUUAAUAUAUAAAAACCUUUCAUUUAUUUCAAUUAGUUACUAAGAUGUCUUCAAAAGUAUUUUCAUCAGUUGUCCUCCUCCAAUGUCUCAACAUAGUGUUUUUCACUAUGGUGAGUUCCCAACAUGUCCGCUCCCCACCACUUCGUCCUAGGUCACCACCGCCUUCCAGGUCACCACCUCCAAUGGCGUCCCCACCCAUGUCACCUCCUAGCAACAGUUGCCCCAUAGAUACGCUAAAAUUAAAGGUGUGUGCCAAUGUAUUGAAUGAUUUGCUUAAUGUCACGAAUGGCACCCCGCAAUGUUGUUCUCUCAUUGAAGGGUUGGUUGACCUUGAAGCAGCAAUUUGUCUUUGUACUGUCAUUAAAGUUAAUGUUUUAGGGAUCAAAGCUAAUGCUACGCUCAACAUAACUGUGUUGCUCAACAAUUGUGGUAAGAAGAUACCUGAAGGCUUCGAAUGUUCUUAAGCUUAUUAAUCGGAUUUUGUUGGUAUCAUCAAAAUCUUAAAUAAGUAUAACUUUCCUAUUCCAACAGCUUUGGAGCAGCUCAUCAAUAAUGUUGUAUAUGUUAUGUGUUUGUUUUUGUUGGUGACUAAGCUAGGUUGUCAAUAAACUCCAGCCUAACAUUGUACCGUAGUACGUAGUACGUAAUCUUUUACAAUUAAUAAAGUAAGAAAAACCUACAUGAG